UGGUACUUUCGAGAUACGUCUAGUUCUUGUCUGAUGCAAGGCGUAUAGCGUCGCGGUAAGCCGCAUCGUAUAAAUGCGGGUUACAAGCGCACUGCGCGCAGUUUGUCAGUGGAAAGCGUGAGGCUUUACGUGCACGGUGUUUCUGCACUAGUGAGUUACAUCGUAUACAUUAUGUUGCGAUCAUUCGGAAGAGUGAUGCCAGCUACUGUAGCUGUUCGUCAAGCGUUGCGGCAGCCUGCCCAGUGCCGCAGUUUCUGGGAUUUUAGCAGAUCUUCUGAUCUUCGGUCCUUGGCACGCGAUAUGGAGCGGCAGGUUGAGAGACUGGAGAGGGAAAUCAUGGGCGGUUUUCCCUUCAAUAGGUUACGGCCUCGUUACAUACCGAUAUCCGGCACCAGCACUUCACCAAAAUCAUAUCGGUAUAACAUUGACGUUGAAGGUUUCAAACCAGAAGAAAUACAAGUGUCAUUGAAGGAUCGUUUAUUAACGCUCUCGGCGAAGAUGGACAGGACAUCCGAGGACGGAAGCAGAUUUUACCAAGAAAUUGUGCGCCAGGUAACAAUUCCCGAAAAUGUGAAAAUUGAAGAGCUGAAGUCUUACAUAAAUGACGGCGUUCUUUCAAUAGAGGCACCUCUUGAGUCUGCCAGCGGACCUAAAGAAAUACCAGUCAGUCGCGAAGAGCAGACAAAUUAAUGAACAUUUAAAUAUUUCAGAAAGUAUUCCGUAGUUUGCAAAUAUGUUCAUUUAUGUACCAUACCAUUAAAACAGUCAUCGACAAACGCAGCACAGACUUUUAAACGACGCAGCACAGUCAUUUUCAGUUGAUAUUAAUCAUUAUUGAGAGACUCUCAUUGCCUGACAGUGGGCGAAAUUUUGUAUUUCUCUUUCUGUUGUGUUUGUUACUCUUUGGAAAAAACAUGCUUUGAAAUUUAUAGGCAAUAAUUUGCUAGAAUGAAGAAAAAGAAGAGGCUGUUACUACGGUCACUCAAUUGUUGUGUGUCGUGAUGUUCUUUCUGCUGUUCGUUUGUACCUCUAAAUAACAGUGGAAGAAGUUUGUGACAUGCAUGUGGUACUGGCUAAAACAAUUAAGACUGAUGUAAAAAUCUCAUUUUGAUUUUGAUUUUUGCGGCUCUGAUGAAUGCAUUAUGGCGAAAUUAUAUGCGUUUCGCCCUAACCUUGGUAGAAAUAAUUUAGUUAUUUGCCCCUAAAUUUACAAGAGAGAUUAAGUAUGUGUGACUCAUUGUGAAAUCAAUGGUUAUCAUAUACUGUGUUAGUUAUGGCUUAACAAUGAAACUUGUAAGAAUUAUUUUGCAGUGUUGUAAUUCAAAUCGUGGAGAUAAAUUGUGCAGUAGGCCUAAUGCUUUUGUGUGAACAAAUCAUUGCCAUUCUGAUGCCUGCAUAUUGCUGCACAUUUAGAAUUGUCAAUUUUACUUUUUUAUGUUCAUUUGCACAAAACUUGUUUGUACAUUGCACAUUGACUAUUCUUAAAUAAAUUUUUUGUAUACUGAUGA